AAUGGCAUUCGAUCGGAUCGCGAUACGGACGGGACGCGCGAAUCGUUCGCUAUUUCUGUUGCCCUGAAGUUGACGAUGACGCGCGGCUACGUCUCGGUAAUGAAAUAGCGAACAUCGUUGGUGAAGAGACACGUCGGUGGCAGUGAAACACUAAUGCGAGAAUGUCGGAACGACGUGAUGAUUAGAUCCACCGAGAUGGAGACGAUGGAAUAGACUUUGCGUAUGCGUGAAACAUAAAUACAUCCGUGACGAAGCAGCGUCUUGAGAACAUCCAGGUCGGUGCUCGAUCUCUUCCUCGGUUUGUGUCGAGUCGAGAGAACAGGAAAUAAAAAUGGAGGAAAAACAUGGCAAUAGAGAUACGACAGAGGAAGAGGAGUUGGAAGACACUGAAAAUAUAAUAAUUAACGAAGUGGAUGGUUUACCCAACUUACAUCCAAACUAUGAACAGUUAGAGUUGAAAUUUAAGAGAGAAAAAGAUGACACAAAUAUUAGAUCGAUCGAUGAGUUAGUUCACGAUGAAGAUCUACCAACUUCUGUAAUUGUAACGAACGUAGAUCCUCGAGUUUUUAAAGAUGACGAUUUAAAGUCAUCCAUAGAAAAUCUUUUCAAACAGUUUGGAGAAGACACUACAUUUCAAUACUUCAGAUCCUUCAGAAGAAUGAGGGUAAACUACAGUUCCCCCAGUGCAGCAGCAAAUGCGAGGAUACAGCUGCAUCAGUCGCAUUUUGGAGAAACUGAUAUUAAUUGUUACUUUGCACAACCAGUAACACCUAUAGAUAUGGAGGAUCAACAUCUUCAACCACCCGCGCUUACCAAACAAUUUCUCAUAUCUCCUCCUGCUUCUCCACCGGUCGGUUGGGAGCCACGUGAAGAAGGAGAGCCGCUCGUUAAUUACGAUUUAUUAACAGCUAUAGCCAAUUUAUCAGCAGGCGACACACAUGAGAUACAUCCAGGAGGCUCAGGGCAGCCAGGCAUAGUCGUGCAUGUUUGCGAAAACGCGAAUCCGUCGAAAAAUACGCCUCGUAUUCAACACACGCGAUGUCCGGAACAUUAAUUUCCUCCGUUUAUUCGCAUCUCGGAUUUGUCACAUGAUACGUUUUUAUGUCUUGUUAAAAAGCCAGAUACGAGCUAGAAGACAUAUACACCUAACGAGCGAUUUUAAUUAGUAUUAUAUUGGAGUUACAAUUUAAAAAUGCGUGGUUGGUAUCCAGUUGACGAAAGUAUGUUGUAAAAAAAAAUUAUAGCUCAAUACGUACAGACAGCAACAUGGUAUCUGGUAGAGUCCAACCGAAACCACAUUUUUCCCUCCGGCCAAAACCAAAAACGAAACCGAAACUUAGAUGUCUUAUUUAAAAAAAAGCAAAAGAGAGAAAGAAACUAAUGGAGUCAUUUUUUUCGACCGGAGUCGAAAUUGAUAUUUUUGGAUUAAUUUUACAGAGGCCGUAUAAUUUUCAGAAAUCAUGACAAAUGUAUGUACUCUAGUUGUUUUUUAAACGUUCACUGGCGCGUUGCAACUUGUAUAGUUCCGGUUUACCCACUGAAAUUUUAGCGAGUUUUUGCAAUAACAUCCAGAACACUAAAGUCACGUUAUCCUUUUCUUAAUUAGUUGUUAAGAAGAAGACAACGUGACCUUAGCAUUCACCAUAUCUGGAUAAACAGUAUUGCAAAAAUUCCCUUUUCUCUUAAUUUUGGCCAAAACCGAAAUCAAACUGAAACCCUGAUUUUUGAACGAAACCGAAACCAAAAUUUCGGUCGGAUUCUAGUGCCUGGUAUCUAACUUCCCGCGAAUAGCAGCGAUAUAUGAAUAUUAACGAUACUAACGAUAAAUAUCCGUCAGAUUAUAUAUCGAUCAAAAUAUAGAAUUCAUUUGUGUUUAUCCACUGAGAAUUCCUGAAGAGUAUGCUUGCGCUCCAUUUCUUAAAAUCUACAUGGUAAAGAUUCGAGAAAUUUCAAGGCCUAUAUUGUUUCAUGUUUCACUCAGUGUCAAUAAUUGCAUAUCGUGAGAAAUUACGUCCGAUCUGAUUAAGCUAACGAUUAAUGUGUCGACAAAAAUCGUUGGAAAUAUAUUGAGAUUUUGCAAUUCUACCUCUCAUUGUCAGUGUUACUUGUAUUCUUAAACAGCACGUAACAAUCUUGUUGUAAAUCCACAAAUGAUACUAAUGUUAGAAUAAUCGAUUGAAUCAAAAUGUUCGAAUUUAACAGCUUAACUUCAUUAUUUAAUUAUUCUCAUGUGUUUUUCUUUCCAUUUCAAGAAAAGUCUUCAAGAUUAUAUCUAUUGAAUUUUUUGUUUUGUGUUUUGUGUGCAUGCGAAAAACAAAUCUACGGAAAUAUAUGGCAUUAAUAUGUAUGUGAUGUGUGUGUAUACGAAUGUAUUAUUCUAAAAAUAUCGUGUGGUUCUUCGAUCUGUGUUUCCGUAGAAAGCUAGCUCACAUUAACUUAAACGUUACACAUGCUAUCCUAAAGCUAUAUCUCUAUGGUCUCUUGUUAAUGAAGUUUAUGAAAACUUAUUGUUAUCACUUUGCUCUUUAAGAGGAUUAAGUUAGUAAAAAAAUAAGCUAGAGAGAUAGCGAGACGUAUGUGGUCAUAUCAGCGUUACUGAUUUAUGUCGAGGCAGUGUGAUGAUUGUGUAUAUGUAUAUAUUGUUCUGUACGUGAAACGUAUAUAAUUCCUGCAAGAUCUGUGACCUAAAAAUAAUUGUUGAAUAUUUAUAAAUACUUUAUAGCAGCACUUACUUUUGUAUAGUAUGGUUACUGUUUAUAUUCUUCUGGCGAUGGAAUGGCGUAAAACCGUUUCGUCAUUUAUGUAAUUUCAAGCUUUCUUUAUCUAACAAUUCCGAAGAUCCUAAACAGAUAAUACGAAUAAUUAUUACACUAGAGAAAUAAUGUACAAAUGAUUUGUAUCAAA